UGUUCAAAGUCCAGUGAGUUCCAAGACUAGACUCAACAGCAGAGCGAAUUCCCCAGUGAACCCCGCAGCUCGUCUUCCUCCGGGAUCCAGAUUUACCUUCAGUACCGAGAACUUGGCAAGCUCUUCAAAUAUUUAAAUGAAAGUGGACUUGGAUUUUCUUAAAAUUUCGAGAAAUGGCCUCCACCUUCAACCCCCGAGAAUGUAAACUGUCUAAACAGGAAGGGCAAACCUAUGGCUUCUUCCUGCGAAUUGAGAAGGACACCGAUGGCCACCUGGUCCGGGUGAUUGAGAAAGGCAGCCCAGCAGAGAAGGCGGGCCUCCAGGACGGAGACAGGGUUCUCAGGAUCAAUGGUGUGUUUGUGGACAAGGAAGAGCACAUGCAGGUUGUGGAUCUGGUCAGAAAGAGUGGAAAUUCAGUGACUUUACUAGUUCUGGAUGGAGAUUCCUAUGAAAAAGCCGUGAAACAACAAGUGGACUUGAAAGAGUUGAGUCAAAGUCAGGAGUCGAGUUUGAGUGAUAAGAAGCCACUGUCCGUGAUGAACGGAGGAGCACCGACUUGGGCCGAGCCACGGCUCUGCUACCUGGUGAAGGAGGGGACUAGCUAUGGCUUCUCCCUGAAAACCGUCCAAGGUAAAAAGGGAGUGUACCUGACUGAUAUAACACCUCAGAGCGUGGCUAUGAGAGCUGGAGUCCUGGCUGAUGACCACGUGAUGGAAGUGAAUGGCGAGAAUGUAGAAGACGCCAGCCACGAGGAGGUGGUUGAAAAGGUGAAGAAGUCCGGAAGCCGCGUCAUGUUCCUGCUGGUGGACAAGGAAACUGACAAGCACCACAGUGAGCAGAAGAUAAAAUUCAAGAGAGAAACAGCCAGUUUGAAACUGCUGCCCCACCAGCCCCGGGUUGUGGACAUGAAGAGGGGACGCAAUGGCUAUGGUUUCUAUCUGAGGGCAGGCCCAGAAGAGAAGGGUCAAAUCGUCAAGGACAUAGACUCCGGAAGCCCGGCGGAAGAGGCUGGCUUGAAGAACAAUGACCUGGUAGUUGCUGUCAAUGGCGAGUCUGUGGAGUCCCUUGAUCAUGACAGUGUGGUGGAAAUGAUUAGAAAGGGUGGAGACCAGACUUCACUGUUGGUGGUAGACAAAGAGACGGACAACAUGUAUAAACUGGCUCGCUUUUCUCCAUUUCUCUACUAUCAAAGUCCAGAACUGCCUAACGGUUCUGUCACGGAGGCUCCUGCUCCCGCUCCUCCAGCUGCCCCUCUGGAGGCCUCAAGCCCAGACACUGCAGAGGAAGCAGGCGACCAUAAGCCCAAACUUUGCAGGCUGGUGAAAGGUGAAGAUGGUUAUGGCUUUCACUUAAAUGCGAUUCAGGGUCGGCCAGGCUCAUUCGUCAAAGAGGUGCAGAAGGGCGGCCCUGCUGACCUGGCGGGGCUGGAGGACGAGGACACCAUCAUUGAAGUGGAUGGAGUGAAUGUGCUGGAGGAACCCUACGAGGAGGUGGUGGACAGAAUCCAGAGCAGCGGCAAGAGUGUCACGCUCUUAGUCUGUGGGAAAAAGGCCUAUGAUUACUUCCAGGCUAAGAAAAUCCCUAUUGUUUCCUCCAUGGCUGAUCCCCUGGACGACAUCCCCGACUCCGAAGGAGGAGCCCCGGCGGAACCCGAGCACGACUCCCACCUGGCAAGGGAGCGCGCCCACAGUACAGCCUCUCACUCUUCUUCCAGUUCUGAAGAUACGGAGAUGUGAUGAGCACAAGCAGCGGUUCUGGCUGAUGGCUGUUUCUGGGUAUUUGAUAGGAGUCCUUUCCCAGGGAACGAGCUGCCACCCGUUUACUGUCUGUCAGGGAAGAGCUCCACUGGAAAGCAGUUCAUCACGUCGGACUGUCUCCUGCUGCCGCCUGUCCUAGGGCGGCUACUGCAGACGGCUUAUUUAUGGUCACCUUGGGAAAAGCGAAGGCAGGAGCCAGGUGCUUUUCAUGUGAUCUCUUCCAAGCUUCAGGUUACCUGCAUUUCUCUGUGUGGUGUUAUCCCUUCUACAGGCCCCUAGAGCACUGACGACGAUUCAUAAAUCAUAAAUCUAUGUAUGUGAGAGGUGCUGUUAAAGUGUCCCAGUAGACCAGCUUAUUAAAAUCAUGCUUUUCUAAGACUGCUGUCAUUGCUAAUGUCAAUGCCAUUAAAAAUGCUUUUUAAAUAUG